AUGCAAUUCUCUACUUUCGCCUCAUUUGUUGCCGUCUCCGGCGCCGUCGCCUUGGCCCAAUCCUCUGCCGCUGCCAUCUCCCAGAUUGGUGACGGUCAGAUCCAAGCUACUUCUUCCGCCUCUACUCCAGCUGUCACCAGCAGUUCCACCACCGCUUCCACAAGCAUGCCAACUUACAGCUACAACACCACCAUCAGCACUCAGACUGGUAACGGUGCUGCCAACCUUGGUUCCGGUGCUGUUGCCAUGGCUGGUUUGGUCGCUGCCGGUGCUUUGUUGAUCUAA